UUCCAGGGAGGCGGGGCGGAGACGGCGGGCGGGUGCGGAGGCCUCAGCCGCCGGACCGGAUUGCUGUGGCUCGGGCGGCGCCUCCCUGCGGCGGCCCGGCCCCGCUCGGCCCCGCCGGGGCGAUGCUCCCCGAGGCCGCAGGAUGAGCGAGGUCCUGCAAGGAAGGUACUCUUAUUGUACCCAUUUCACUGACGAGGAAACUGAGGUACAGUGAAGUUUCUCACAGCCAGCACACAGAACCAGGCAUCUGGCCUGAGAUGACAGGCGAGUUGCAGGUGGUCAGCGGCUUAGUCUGUACUGAGUGCUUCGUGGGUCCUCACAGCAGUCCUGUGUCCCUGCCCACCCACAGUGACUCGGCUGGCCCGGGCAUGGCGGACCCCGUGGCGGGCAUCGCGGGCUCGGCAGCCAAGAGCGUGCGGCCGUUCCGCUCGAGUGAGGCCUACGUGGAGGCCAUGAAAGAGGACCUGGCCGAGUGGCUCAACGCCUUGUAUGGCCUGGGUUUGCCCAGCGGUGGUGAUGGCUUCCUGACGGGGCUGGCCACGGGCACCACCCUGUGCCAACACGCCAAUGCUGUCACCGAGGCCGCCCGCGCUUUGGCCGCUGCCCGUCCAGCCCGCGGGGUGGCCUUUCAGGCGCACACUGUGGCGCCUGGCUCUUUCAUGGCCCGCGACAACGUGGCCACGUUCAUCGGCUGGUGCCGAACAGAGCUGGGUGUGCCUGAAGUGCUCAUGUUUGAGACGGAGGACCUGGUGCUGCGAAAGAAUGAGAAAAGCGUGGUGCUGUGCCUGCUGGAGGUGGCGCGGCGUGGGGCCCGCCUCGGCCUCCUCGCCCCUCGCCUUGUGCAGUUUGAACAGGAGAUCGAGCGGGAGCUACGUGCUGCACCCCCAGCCCCCCAUGCCCCCACGGCCGAGGACGAUGCCCCCGAAACUGCCACCACAGCAGGGGCUCCUGCCCGUGGGCCCCGCAUGACACCCAGCGACCUGCGCAACCUCGACGAGCUGGUGAGGGAGAUCUUGGGCUACUGCACCUGCCCAGACCAGUUUCCCAUGAUCAAAGUCUCGGAGGGGAAGUACCGCGUGGGAGACUCCAGUCUCCUCAUCUUUGUGCGGGUGCUGAGAAGCCACGUGAUGGUGCGCGUGGGUGGCGGCUGGGACACUCUGGAGCACUAUCUGGACAAGCAUGACCCUUGCCGCUGCUCGUCCUCGGCCCACCGCCCGCCCCAGCCCAGGGCUCGAACAUUCUCCCCACAGAGGGUGUCGCCCACCCCCAGCCCUCGCGCUGGCAGCCCAGCCCCUGGGAGUGAGCGACGGAGCUCCCGGCCAGAAGUGACGCCCAUUAGCCUACGCACCUCAAAGGAGGGAACAGAGACCCCCCUCAGUCCUGUCUCUGUCUGCCCCAUCUCCCAUUCUCUCUCUCUCUCUCUCUCUCUCUCGUUCCCCUGCCCCAGGGCCCGGGACCAGCUGCCCCCCCAUCCCCGCUCCCGCCGCUACUCCGGGGACAGCGACUCCUCAGCGUCCUCAGCCCAGAGCGGCCCCCUUGGUGUCCGCGGUGAAGACUCGGGCACCGGCCCCCGGAGGGAGCGGCCCAGCCGGCGUCUGACCACAGGCACCCCGGCCUCCCCGAGACGGCCCCCCGCCCCGCGCAGCCAGUCCAGAGACCGACUGGAUCGGGGGCGGCCCCGUGGAGCCCCAGGAGGCAGGGCAGCCCAGCUGUCGGCCGCCAGCCCCGCCCGGCGGGCCCGGAGCCAGAGUCGUGAGGAGCAGACCACGCUGCUGGUGCACAGGGACCGAGAUGGGCAGCACUCGUGGGUGCCCCGGGGCAGGGCCAGCGGGGGCUCAGGCAGGAGCAGCCCCCAGACUGCCCGGGCUCGCAGCCCUGCGGCGCUCCGGCCUCUCCGGGUCUCCAGCCCCAGCCCAGAGGCAGGCGCCACACCGGCCAGCGUCUUCCGCACCCCCCUACAGCUUGACCCGAAGCAGGAACAGCAGCUGUUCCGGCGCUUGGAAGAGGAGUUCCUGGCCAAUGCCCGAGCCCUUGAGGCCGCUGCUGGCGGGAGCCCUGCAGGACCAGCCUUUGACCCAGCUCGGGCCCCAGACCCCCCAGCUCCUGACUCGGCCUACUGUUCCUCCAGCAGCUCCUCUUCAUCCCUCAGUGUCCUGGGUGGCAAGUGUGGCCAACCUGGGGACUCUGGCCGGAUGGCCAAUGGGCUGCCCGGGCCCCGAGGCCCAGUCCUGUCCAGCUCUUCUGAUGAAGGCAGCCCCUGCCCUGGUGUGGGGGGCCCACCAGACGCACCUGGAAGCCCCCCGGCUGGCCUGGAGCUCCCAAGGACCUGGGCACGGGGCCGGAUGGACACACAGCCAGACCGAAAACCCUCACGCAUUCCCACGCCUCGGGGCCCUCGCCGCCCAUCUGGAUCCACAGAGCCUGGGUCCUGGCAUGCCCUGCACUCUGUGAGCCCAAGGGCAGAGCCGGAUUCCUGGAUGUGAUGAACCAGCCCAGCUGCCCCAGCCCCCAGGUCCACAUUCCUUCUCUUCCUUUUCCUUCGUGGCCUUAACCCCUCUGCAGCAGGGAGCCCCCCCCCACCCCUGCCUCUCGGGUACCAGACCUCAUGGGACCAGACCCCUUGGGACCACAUGGCACAAUGGGACCUCUGUCGUACAUUCCGGUUGGGGGAUGAGUGUUGCUAUUUAAUUACUAAUAUUAUUGAAUGCCUUAGAGGAGGCCAGUGAGGACCCCUCCUGAGGUCCUGUGGCCCUGCAGAGCCUGACAGUAAAGUAUUGUUCCAGCCA